AUGGUUGCCCGCUGGCGUGGUAAAAGGAUUUGGCCCGCUAGUCACCUGCCCAGCUGGCAACACCGCGCUUCCUCCGUCCUCCGCCCAUCCGCCCCCCCCCCUCCACCCCUUCCCCCCCCUCUUCCAGUACAAAUUAUCCAAAUCAUUCGUCAAAAUAACGGUACCCUGGGGCUGCGUCACUUCCGCCCGCUGAGCCGCCACCUAUCUCCUCUUUCACCCAUCAAACUCGAGAACAAAGGGUAUUUAAGGAUGAAAGGAGUAAGGAUAAUUUCUAUUCAACCAUCGCCCACUUUCUCCGGAGGCCAUCAUGUAAGACGAGAAAGCACUUUCGCUCCAUCCAUUCAUGAAGCGAUGAAAGUAAGAAGCCGAGGAAUGGUUGGAUGCGAUGGUUACAUCGGAAGGGAUGCCCUGCCCUAUUUACAAGGAACCCAGACUAUUUUCCGCUCAGAAACUAACACAUGAGAGAUAUCUAGUAUUAUGUAUUUGUCUUCACAUGUUUAUUUUCAUUUUAGGAAAAAAAAAAAUUGAGAUAUAAAACAUAUAACAUAUAUAAAAAUUGUUGGUUGAAUCAAUACUGUUUUCAAAUCUUACUUAUAUACCUCAGAAAAAAAUUAUCUUCUUUGGGACUUAUGAAGAAAAUAAAACAUAUAUUUGGCAAAAGAAUUUAGUUGGCGAUGCAACCGAAAGUAAAAAAAAAUAUAAAACAAAUCCAGUGAUAAUUUUUUUUUGUAUAUGUGU